AAGCCCCUGGAGACCCCCCCCCCCCCCAGAGUCCCUGGAGCCCUUUGGAGCUGCUUUGCCAAAGAGAAGAAGGAUGGAGACCCCCCAUUUGGCCAAAGAGGGGAGCAGAAAUGGCCCCGCGGCUCUUCAGCCUGGGAGCUGUGGGGAGAGCUGGACCAGAACCGGGCAGAAGGUCCUGCGGGAGGGAACCAUCCUCCCUUCAGAAGUUCCACCCUGGAGCUCCAUCCAAUACUGGGAGGCUGAGGGUCCCCGAGGACUUUGCAGCCGACUCCAUGACUUGUGCAGGCGAUGGCUGAGGCCAGGAAAGCACAGCAAAGCCCAGAUGCUGGACCUGGUGGUUCUGGAGCGGCUCUUGGCUCUCCUGCCCCCAGAGAUGGAGGGCUGGGUGCGGGAGUGUGGAGCAGAGACCAGUUCACAGGUGGUGGCCCUGGCGGAAGGCUUCCUCCUGAGCCAGGCAGAGGAGGAGAAGGAGCAAAUGCAGCGGCAGUGCU